AUUUUGUAAUUAUUGUAUCGGAACAGAACAAAACCAUUAGUUAAGUUCAACUCAACUGGUGACAUUGACUGAUUUUGAGAAUUUCGCGGGCAUCAACAAAUCGCAAAAAAAUGAAAUCUAUUAAGUCUCUUCACUCGGUCACAACCCUAGGAUUCUUAUCUCUUUGUUUGGCUAGCAUGACCAUGGCCAGCGGAACUUUCUAUUACUUUGCUUAUGGUAGUAAUUUACUGGCGAAACGAAUUCACAUUCAGAACCCAAGUGCAGUACGAAAAGGCUUCGGAUACCUAAAGGAUUAUAGUUUGGACUUUUUCCAUUACGCUGCUCGAUGGCGAGGAGCUCCAGCAACAAUCGUUGAACAGGAAGGGGAGAAGGUUUGGGGGGCCAUAUGGGAGAUAGAUAAUAGCAAUUUAGCUGAUUUAGAUCGCCAGGAAGGGGUUCAUAAUAGCGUUUACAAAGCUUUAACGCUUCCCGUUGAAUUGCCUAGUGGUACUACAAUGGACUGCCGUGUUUAUCAGUUGGUUCGCAACCCGUGUUGUUUAGCACCAGACGCGGAAGACAGACCCUACGAAAGGCAGCCUUCAAAAACAUACAUGAAUAUUAUUGUCAACGGUGCGAAAGAAACCGGGCUUCCAGAUGAUUACAUCACGUUAUUGAAGAGAAUUAAACACAACGGGAAUACUGGAGAUCCUCAGCUUUCUCUGGAGUUAGAAAAACCCAUAGAAGAUUUGUGAGUAACAGGAAAAGUAAGGUGUUUUUUUAAUGUUUAACUUCACGUUCCUACUGCGUACGAUUGUUGAUUUUGCAUCUUGUUGUAUUUACAUUUUGCUGGUUUAUAUUUCAGAUCAAGUUAAAUUCAUUACGUCUGAACAAGCUGAUCUUUAAAAUGUAUUUUUAUUAACAUGCUGCUCUUAACAACUAAGCGGAGCUUAUCUGAUGGUCUUUAUGACUGGUUAAUAUUUAUGGUUUAUUUUUGAAAUCGUUGAGUCAGAGUUCUUUAUCAAAAUGUGAAGCAAACAGUGUUGAUGUAAUGUUUAUCAAAGAAUAAUAGCUUCUUUUUUGCGCUACAAUGGACUUAUAUAUUUAACUUUUUAAAGCAGACACGAAUGACCAAAGGUGUAGAUAAUGCAAAAACUUUAAAAAUAAAAUAAUUACAAAUGAUCCAACCAA